CAUCAAAGACCGCCGUUUGGAAAAAUUUUGAAAGGCCUGUUUACUAGCCAGAAAAAAUCAGGACUUCGAGAGCAAUAGUUGACGAGGAAAAUGUUCCCAUUCGUGCAAUAUAAAUUUCUUCAUGGAGAUGCUUAAACCAUCUUUUCCAGUCGAAAAUUUACCUUUAUCUUCAACCACAAGGUUUUCUCUCUAUAAUUGUGAUUUCUACCUUCUGUCCUAAACGUCAGGUUGUGUCUUCUGCUGUUCUAAAGCUAGCAAAAUCAGUUGUUGCUGAGAAGAAAGGUUCAAGUAGUCAUGAUUCUUCUAAGAAAAGUAAGAGUAUUCUCUCUCUUUAUUUUGUCUCAUUAUGCUGUGAAAUUUUGCAUUGGGGGAGAUGUCAUUACAGCAUCUGAGUACAUCCAAGACCCUGGAAGUAUCAUAUCAAGCGGAGGUCUCUACAGACUGGGAUUCUUUAGCCCCAAUGGUACCACCAAUCGGUAUGUUGGAAUUUGGCAUAACAAGAUUCCUGUGUUUAACGUCUUUUGGGUUGCAAACAGGGAGAAUCCUGUUCUAGAUUCUUCUGGUGUCAUGACCAUAUCCGAUGCCGGUAAUCUGGUGAUAUUGAAUGGAAAGAAGCAAGUACUUUGGUCAACAAACGUUUCCACCUCUGGAGCAAAUGCAAAAGCCCAAUUAUUAGAUACUGGAAAUCUUAUCUUGCAAAAACAAAGUUCUAAUAUGAGCACAAAUGAUACAACGGCAUGGGAAAGUUUCCAGAUCAUGUGUGAUACACAAAUCGCAAAAAUGAAGCUUAGCACCAACUUGAGAACAAAUGAGAAGCAGGUACUCACAUCUUGGAAAAGCCCUUCUGACCCAUCGAUUGGAAGUUUUUCAAUUAGUCUUGAACCACUAAAUAUUCCUGAAGUUUUCCUUUGGAACGGCACUACUCUAUAUUGGCGGAGUGGUCCAUGGAAUGGUAAGGUUUUCCUCGGAAUUCCCGAGAUGGAAUCAGUCUAUGUUGAUCGAUAUACCUUAGUGGAUGAUAAAGAAGGAUAUGCCUAUCUGACUUACAGUUUUGCAGAGGUGUCUUAUUUGUCAUACUUUUUUGUGAGGUCAAAUGGGGAGUUGUUGCAGCCAUUCUGGGAUGAAAAUGAUAAGUGGUGGCGGAUCGAUUGGUCAACCCGGGCAUCUGAUUGUUAUGUUUAUGGCAAGUGCGGUCCAUUUGGAUAUUGUGAUGCCAAGAAAUCACCAAUUUGCAGUUGCUUGAGAGGCUUUGAGCCAAAAAAAGUUGAAGAAUGGAGCAGAGGGAAUUGGUCCAGCGGAUGCAUCCAGAAGUCAUUGCUGCAAUGCGAUAGGUUGAAAAAUGGUAGUACUAAAGCGGGAAAAAUUGAUGGAUUUGUAAAGCUUGAGAAUGUGAAAGUGCCGAAUUAUGCAAUUUGGUCAUCUCCUUUGGAAGACAAGUGCCAAGAGCAGUGCCUCAGUAAUUGUUCAUGCGCAGCAUAUGCUUAUGAUGCUGGCGUUGGUUGCAUGUACUGGAGCGGAGACCUAAUUGACGUACAGAAGUUCUCCUAUCCAGGAACAACUCUUUAUGUUCGAGUGGCCCAUACAGAACUUGAAGGAAAAAGAGAUCUGAGAGCAAUUAUAGUGACUGCAGUUGUUGUGGCAACUGUAAUUUUCAGUAUUGGUACUUUCUUCACCUGGCAGAAGUCGAAAAAACGAGGUGGUAAAGACGGAGAACAAUUUUCAAAGGCUUCUAGUGAGAACAUGCUCGGAGGGAGCUUGAGCAAAGUUAAUCUCCAGGAGCUUGUGCUAUAUAAAUUGGAAGAGCUAGCAGCAGCAACAAGCAACUUUAGUGAUGCAAACAAGCUCGGGGAGGGUGGUUUUGGGGCAGUAUAUAGGGGGAGAUUGCUAAAUGGAAAAGAAAUAGCAGUCAAAAGACUAUCAGGGGCCUCUGGACAAGGAUUGCGGGAAUUUAUCAAUGAAAUGGAAGUGAUUUCCAAGGUCCAACAUCGAAAUCUCGUUCGACUCCUUGGAUGUUGUGCCGAGCAAGAUGAAAAACUAUUAAUCUAUGAGUUCAUGCCAAACAAGGGUCUAGAUGCAUUUCUUUUUGAUCCUCUCAAACGAGAGCAGCUGGAUUGGAGAAGACGAUUCAACAUCAUUGAUGGAAUAUGUCGAGGCCUACUAUACCUUCACCGUGACUCCAGACUACGGAUAAUUCAUAGAGAUCUUAAGACGAGCAAUAUCCUGUUGGAUGAAGAGCUCAAUCCAAGAAUUUCAGACUUUGGAACGGCUAGAAUAUUUGGGGGAAAAGAAGAUCAAGCAGAUACACUAAGAGUUGUGGGAACCUAUGGUUACAUGGCUCCAGAAUAUGCAAUGGAAGGGCGGUUUUCGGAAAAAUCAGAUGUCUUUAGCUUUGGGGUAGUAUUGCUGGAGAUUGUAAGUGGAAGACAGAACACUAGCUUCAAUGAGGAAAAUCAGUCCUUGAGCUUGUUAGGGCAUGGAAAUAUUGGGAGGAAGACAAUGUACUUGCGCUGGUGGACCAUAAAAUUUCUGUUGGAUGCUCCGAGAUUGAGAUCAUAAGGUGCAUAAAUGUGGGGCUGCUUUGUACACAAGAACUUGCAAAGGAUAGGCCUACCAUUUCAACUGUUAUUUCAAUGAUUAGCAAUGAAAUUGUUGGUCUUCCUCGUCCGAACAAACCUGCAUUCCCCGAGAGGCAAACAACUACCGACACAGAUUCCUCCAGACAAAGUCAGAAAAAAUACUCUGCCAACAAUGUCACUAUUACCGCUCUUGAAGGCAGAUAAAUGAGGAUACCAAAACCAAUAAUCUCGAAAGUUCAGCUCAGAGAUGCAAACUAUAGUCAGCUCGUGUCUUGGACAUGGAGUCAAUAAUGAGUACUAGCGUGAUCCUAUUUGCAUGUACUGUUGUCAGAAGCAGUCUUUUUAUUUUUUUCCCCUUAAUCAUGUUCAAGCUUGCUUGGAAAUGUAUGAACAUAAAUUUGUGGAAUAGCAAAUUACUAUACGUUGGGUGGCAGUUAUUGCUUGUUUGGGUCA